UAAGAACGAGAUAGAGACCGCGUACUCCAAGGUUGAGUCCUUCAAAUCUGAUAUCACUGAUCUCAACAUUCAGAACAGAAGUCUUCAUGACCAACUAGAGCUCCAGAAGAAAAGCUAUCAGGUAAAUAGAACAUGCAUGUACUUCUUUCAAGUAGGGGGAGUGGGGGGCUCAGAGGAGUCUGUAAAUUGCUGGGAAAUCGUACGAUUUAUAUUCAAAUAACAGAAGUACCCCCCCUCUCUCUCAAAGAAAAGGUCAGGUUGAUGUAAGGGAAAAUGAAAUCGAUUAAAACAUCUUUCAGCGUCCAAGUAAUAACUAAUUCUCGCGAAACAUUUUCUUUCUAAUAUUGUGUAAAGAAAGAAGUUACUUGACCACGUAAAUAUGAGGACAAAAUGCUUAAUUUAGGUAAAAAAAAUACCCGGAAGAUUCUUGGAAAAUGCAAAAACUGGGAACAGAUGAAUCCCAACACCCUCAGGUGUCACAACACCCUUAUGUUUAAUAUACCACCAGAGAGUGUUAAACCGGGUGUAAACUGAAUCAUAUGGUCCUACUGUGUGUACCAGUGCCGUGUAACAACUUGGUGUUUAUUUUAUAAUAUCCCAAUCUUUUAUUUCUUAUCAAGGAGCUUGAGGAGAAAGCAUCAACCAUGAAAGAAAUGAUUGAUCUUAUGGAAAAUAAAGCAUUGCGAGCAGAGAAAAAACAGAAAGAAGCUGAGGAAGAAAUUCAGAGCAUGAAAGCUUCUGUCACUUCAGCUGCCAUCCAACAUGGACUUCUUGAAUCGGUAGAGGAUUCUAUCUGUCUUACCGACCUGUUUGAAGCUCUUGAUGGCAUGAAACAACUCAAUGCAUAUAUGAAACGAGAGAUUGCCGAUUUAAAGAAGACCAAACAAACUUAUGUUGAUAUGAUCAGUCUAACUGGGUAUAAAGAUCCUCUUCUUGAUUGCGGAGAUUCAGCAGCUGAAAUCAGUCCUGGAGAGCGUGAGAGAUAUCAACUUACGGAGGUGAUCGAUGAUCAAGGAUUUCAGAUUUGCAAACUGGAAAGCAUGAUAAAGAAACUCAGAUAUCAACUUUCAGUCUUUCACAAGAAUGUACUCCAUGAAAAGAACUCGAUGUAUGACAACAUGACCUACAUUGACCGAGCUGUGGUCGAGUCCAUCCAGGCAGAUAUUGAGAUACCAACAAUCAAAUCUAAAGACCUUUCAUUCCUAGUUGGAGCUUAUAUUGACGAGGAUGAUGAUCUGAUUGGAAAGGGUUCCUUUGGGGAAGUAUUCUUAAGAGAGUACCAAGGUGAAGCUGUAGCUGUCAAAGUACCUUACAUCAGUGAGGGUGUCAGGGAUGAGGAUGAUCAGAAGAGAAUGAUUCGAAUCAAUGCUGACCAUGCUCGUACUACCAUGGAAGCCCUCGUCAACAUCGCUUUCGCUGACCAUCCAUCCUUCCCAAAGACAGUUGGUAUCGUUGAUAUCAAGGGUGCUCCAUCUCUCAUCCUUGAGUUCCUUGGUGAUAAGAAGACCGGUACAAGCUUCCCUCUCAGUCAUGCCAUCAAGUUCCAGAUUCCAUCUAUCUCGAAAGAAAACUGGUUCGCCAUCAUCAUGGACAUCAUCAGUGGAAUAAAAGCCAUGCACGAGAAAGGUCUCUUGCAUAAUGAUCUAAAAGCUAACAACAUUCUGUUACAAUGGGACCUGAAGGAUCAAAGAUGGCAUGCUUUCAUUAUUGACAUGGGGAAAGUCUCUACCCAAACCAUACCACUAAAGCACAAGGGUCUACCUAAAGAAGAGCUGGAGGGGUACAAACAGGGUAUCCUCUUCCCUCAUCUGGCUCCAGAAUACAUCCUUGAUCUGCAACCCAUGAGUGUUCAAACUGACAUCUAUUCCUUAGGUGUGCUGCUGGCUCGGAUUGAUAAGGUUCUCAGAAGUCGACAUCUUCGUGACCUCACAGCCCAGAUGACCAAUGUGAACCCUCGUCUAAGACCCUCUUGGAAAAUCAUCGAGAAGGUCAUCACUAAGGCUCAAAAGAGAAACUUCUCAUAAUUGCAUCUCAUAUUUUAAUUGUUGUAUAUAGAGGAUGUAUAUGUGUAGUUUAAGAUUUUAUAUUGAAGCAUCAUGAGAAUGAUUUACAUACUUUUCAUGAGAUGAGAAACAAAGUAGAAAAAGGGUCUUAUAUUUUCAAUGAAAGGAAUUAAGCAAACCAUGAAUCAGACAAAACAAAGCUGAAGCAUUCAUUAGCUGCUGAAUAACAAAAUCCCAAGCGGGUAUGGAAAGAUCCUUUAAAAGACAAAAAAAAAAGCUAAAAAACGAUAUUCAUAAAUUACUAUGAUGGAGUAGAUAAAGGGAGAAUUGGAGAGAAAGCAUCUGGUCACUCUAAUGAAUUGAAGUGACUUUGCAUUUUCUUUAGUACUGCGGACAUUCUUGUCUCAAGUUUACAGGUAUUUUGUUGUUUCCUAGCUAGUCCAACCUCUGUGAAUCAGUUGAAACCUUCAAUACAUCGAAAUUAAAACUCUCGAUGAGCUACAGGGUUUCACAAGAUUUGCCCGCAUCCGUUAAGCGGGAAACACCAGAGAUCUAUAUGCUUGGGAUCGGGAAUUAUCCCGCGGGAAGGAAAAUGGAAGUCACGACCAGAUGACUCCGUAUACGACCAGGAAACCUUAUUGGUGUCGUUACGGAGCAUGAACAAGGUCUUUGCCUAGAAAGAAAUAUGGAAAAGAAUUGAAAUGGAAAUUGAGGGUAAAAGGCUAGACCAUUAGGAAAGUAUCUCCCAAAACACAAAUGCAUCUGAGUGUCAAAAUGGCACCUGAAGAUAUGACCUACACAUUGGAAGAAGUU